GCUGAGGCAAGGUUGACCCGAGGACCAGGCAGAAAAAAAAGUCGAGAGCGAACAGCAGAGAACCAUCUCGCCGCAAGCAUUCCCCUCGACACCGCCCUACGUGCUCUUCCUUCACGAGUCGCGUCUGCUUCCCAUCUCAGCCUGCCACCCCCCCGUAUCAUCAAUCAUAUUCCAUCGUGCGCUCUCUAUCUUCUCUCUUUUGCCAAUCAAUCACUCUCUCAUCAACGCGAGUGAUUGCAUCUACCCAUCACUUACAAGCGCCUUCCACGUCUCGCAACUCCAUUCACAAUGUCGACCUUUCCUAUCGCCCUGUACGGGCUUGAGGUUCCCCCGGGAGGCAUCAUGAUCCCUGCCAUGCAGGAGGAUAGCUUUCCCGAUGCUUCUUACCGCAUCACCAUGGCCGCGCUCGACCCCACCGAGGCGCCCGAGGCCGACGAGGAUGGCAACAUUCCCAAUGUCCCCCGUGCCACCCUCAAGCUUAUCCGCCAGAGAUACUCGGACCUCGACGAGGAGCUUGAUGACGAGUACCUGCAGGCUAUGAUGGGCGGCGACGAUGACUCUGACUCUGAUGAGGAUGACGAGGACGACGAGCCCAACGGAGGCCCCAGCGACCCUGCCAAGUCCAAGAAGGCCAAGCAGGCUGCUGCUCUCCGCAAGCUGAUCGAGGCUGCUCAGGCCGAGGAGGAGUCCGACGAGGAGAUGGCCGACGGCGAGAAGCCCAACGGCACUGGCAAGGUCAGCAAGAAGGGCAAGGAGCCCGCUACCUCGAGCGAUGAGGAUGAGGAGGACGAUGAGGAGGACGGACUCGACAUGGAAGAGCUUGUCCUUUGCACUCUCGACACUGAGCGCAACUACCAGCAGCCUCUUGACAUUACAAUUGGCCCCAACGAGAAGGUCUUCUUCGUCGUCAAGGGCACACACACCAUCCACCUCACCGGUAACUACAUCAUCGACACUGGCGAUGAGGAGGACUCUGAGGAUGAGGACGAGGAUGACUACGACAUCGAGGGUCUUGAGGGUUACGACUCCGAAGAGGAGUCUGACGUCGAUGAGCUCGACGACCUUGCUGACCCUCGCGUGACCGAGGUCGAGUCCGAAGACGAGGCUCCUGCGCUCGUCGCCUCCAAGAAGGGCAAGAACAAGCGCGCCGCUGAGGAGUCCGCCGAGGCACUUGAUGAUCUCAUUGCCAAGGCCGGUGCCGAGGAGGACAAGGCCAGCAAGAAGCAGCAGAAGAAGCUUAAGAACAACAAGGGCGAGGCUGUUGCUGCCAAGGAGGAGAAGGCCGACGCCACCAAGGGCGACAAGAAGGUUCAAUUUGCCAAGAACCUCGAGCAGGGUCCUACCGGCCCCGCCGCCGCCAAUCUCGGUGUCAAGGUUGUCAACGGUGUCACCAUCGAUGACCGCAAGGCCGGCAGCGGCCGUGUCGUCAAGAAGGGCAACACUGUCGAGGUUCGCUACAUCGGCAAGCUCAAGGACGGCAAGGUCUUUGACUCCAACAAGAAGGGCAAGCCUUUCAGCUUCAAGGCCGGCACUGGCCAGGUCAUCAAGGGCUGGGAUAUUGGUGUUACCGGCAUGGCUGUCGGUGGCGAGCGUCGCCUGACCAUCCCCGCCCACCUCGCCUACGGCAGCCAGAAGCUGCCUGGCAUUCCCGCCAACAGCGAGCUGAUCUUCGACGUCAAGCUCCUCGCUAUCAAAUAAGUGGCCUGCGUCUGAUAUACCACAGUAACCAAAACGGUCUCCGCGAUGGUCUCCGUAGUGCAGAUGUCCUUUGCCAACCCGGGAAAUCUACACCAUCCUCAACACAUGUCGGCAUGUAUCAUAAGGUCCAAC